CAAAUACCUGGCGAAACGAAAGGGAGAGCCUUAUUUCCUUUCUCUCUAAGACCGAGUGGUAGCAUACAUCUCUCUCUCUCUACUCUCAUUGUGUUGGGGAGUGACCAUUGAAUGGGCAAGCAAGACGGCUAAUGUUUGAAUCCUAACAUUCACGCUUUCGUGAAGCUUUGCCAUCUUCAAUCUGGUCAGGCCUUGCAUUUUUGCCGAGGGCAACUCAAAGGAUUGAAUUUAGAUUCAGCUUACACCGAACCAGAGAGAAACCAUCGAGUGAGUGCAUGCUCUGGUUCGCCUUGAUUGCAUCACCCACAACCAGGAAUAGGUUUCAUGUGCACGAUGACGACGUUGAUGAUGAUGAUGACGAUGUUGGCCAUGGGACCGAGAUGUUAGCUCAACGACGACAAUGUUGGUCAAUUCGACAACCUCCUCUUCUUCCUCCUCCCCCCCGCCUUCCCGUCCUCUUCCCUCAAUGCCAACAAUCAUGAAGAGCGAGCGAUGAAGUAGUUAGUGGCUGAGCAGCAACGAAUGUGAUGCCCGUGUGGAGGCUGAGGCCUGAUCUUCUUUCGCUCGAUCGCCUAACUAACUAACUAAGCUCCCCACGCACGUCGACAGUCAGUCGAUCAUAAGUUACCUCUACCUCCUCAGAUCGAGUGGAGAUGGAGGGAGGGAUGGACUAGUGAAAUACCCGUACAAGCCAAGAAAGGCCAGGAAAUCGGUGCAUCAUGCCAAUGGGCGUCGUGAUUGGAGAGAUCCCGUAACCACCAACGCUGACUGACGACACCUAGUAAGUACGAGGACUGGGGGCUGGAGGCCGAAGGGAAAGAGCGAAGGAGCGAGCACUUCGUUUGGCCAUGGUCUCCGAACCACGUCCAUGUUUCUUCGGUCUGUCCAUUCGACCGCCACUCAGGCACUCACCCUGAACCUGAGUUGAUACCAUUCCGAUCACACAGGUUGGUUUCUAACCCACUCUCCUAGUCUCACAGUCUCGCGAUCACUCUCCCGGCCUCCUUUCCUCGGUCCGUGUCUUCCUCUCUGUUUCCCACAUCAGACGACGAUCUCGGUGUGUCCCUCCCUAUCGUUGUGCGGAUCUCCGUGUGUUCGUGUCGUGUCUGUUGCUCAUCCCCACAUAUACUCUCUAUCUAUCUAGUACAGUAUUAUUAUUAUCAUUACUCCGACCUAGGGAAGGUGGAAGGACUUUUAGUCUCUGAGUAAUGGUGGCCAUGAGCGCACGCACCUUUUCCUCCUCCUCCUCCUCCUCCUCGGUCUCCUCUGUCUCCUCGGUCUCCUGAGGCACCUCCAAGCUCGUCCAUCCAUCCUCCUGGCAAAAGUGGGCAAAGAACGGUGAAGAUGGUUGCUUGAUUGGUUGGUUGGUUGGUUGGCUGGUUGGUUGGUUCGGAUUGGUGCUACUGUGGUGCCUGAACGAUUGAAUGUGUGAGAGAGAGCGAAACAUUCUUACACACCCAAAGAUGGAGACGGAAGACUAUGAAUAUGUGAGAAAUCUGACCAUCCUGUUCUUCUUGGAAAAAUUGCUCGAUAAGGGUGAGUCCCGAAGUCUCCACGAUCUGAGCUGCCAAUUCGGAACCAAGGGAUUCAGCAAAGAAAUGCGUCAAAUUGCCGGUGGAUCCAAAGCCGGACUCAAAAAGUUCCUCCUCGAGUACCCAUCCUUGUUCGCGGUCCAAGAUGACCAAGUGUCCGUCGCCAAAGUGAGUGUCGCAGACGACGUGGAUGGAUCCGGAGGGCCCAAACGAGAUUAUGGCCAUGAGGCCAUGCUCUACUUCAAAGACAAGCUAGUGCAAUAUGGCGAAGGCAUUGAGGUGCCCAUCAAAAGCCUUCUGGGUCACAGGUCGCAGGCCCCGCCUCAAGUGCGUCAUGUGUCGGGACAGCAUUUCAAGGAAUUCAGCGACUUCCUCGCCCGUUUUCCGGAGGAGUUCGUCGUCGGUGAAGAGACCAUCUAUCUCAAGCAAUACGAAGGCACGGUCAUGCGAAAAUAUUGCGAACAGCCCGAAGGGCAGGACGACGAUGACGACGAUGAGGAGGGAGGAGGGGCGGGAGUUGGGCCUAGGGUGGGCCACAAGGCUGUGAACGAAGAGCUGAAGAAUAACAUUGUCAAGUAUCUGAAGUCAUGUUUGUCAGACAAUGACCCCGACCCCACCAAUUUAGAUGAGCUCUUCAACGAUGUCAUGGACAAUUUCUCGACCGACCACGAGUUACCCUUCCGAACCGUGCUCGACCUGAGAACAUUUCUCAAGAUGUACCCCCAACACUUCCAGGUGCAAGGGAAACUUGUGGAGCUGGCAGUCACGGUUUCCAAAAGCUCCCUCAACAAUGGUCCCAAUAGCAAUAGUAACACCAACACCAACAACAACAAUAUCGCUGUGGGAGCCAACAGUAACGAUGGCACCCCUCGAGCACGUCGUUCCAAGGCCGAUGGCAUGUCCUUCAACCCCAUGGCUAGCCUAAAAGAUCGCAUCAAUUCCGUGGUCAAGCAAGUGGUGGCUGAUAACACGUUCAAAGAGCGAGCAGACGCGCCCCGAUUCGAUUAUCAAACUUGGUGCUCAAACGUGAUACAAAGUGCAAAAAUCAUCCGUAGCGUCGAAGAGGGACGCUCUUUGUGCGAGAACAUUUUGAAAUCCCACGAUGUCGUGGCCUUAGAUGUCAAGGGAAUGAAUUUGGGCGUGGAGGGCCGAAUUACAUCGAUACAUCUGAACACAAUGGAUUGCAGUCCGUUGGUUUUCGACUUGAUCACUCUACCCACAUUGCUAACCGAGGGAAGGCUGAAAGACGUCUUGGAAACGGACAGGAUUGUCAAGGUGAUUCACGAUUGCCGAAACUCCUCUGCUUCGUUGUGGCAUCAAUACAACAUCUGUCUCAAAAAUGUAUUUGACACCCAGGCCGCCUACGCAGUCCUUCAAUAUCAAGAAGACUUGAGUCCCGUUUACAAAGUCAAGAACACGUCGCUUAGUUCACUCUGCAAACUGUACAAGAUCAGUGGGCAUGAAAUGAUCGAGCAAAAUAGAAGUACUUACAAGCGCGACCAAAAGUUCUGGACACGACGACCGUUCGACCAAGAGAUGAUUUUGGUUUUGGCUUCGGAUUUAUUGGCUCUGGUGCCGCAGCUGUAUGCCACCAUGAAGAGACAAAUCCUCGAUUCGCACAUGGAGCUGUUCAAUGAUCUAUGCGAGGAACAAGUCAUGCUCUAUGUGGAUCCAGAGAACGUGAAAGAGCGGAAAAAGCAGCGGAAAAUCGAACUCGAGAUUGAGGAUAUCAAGCAGAAGUUGUCCACCGCCAAUGGAAAGAACAUUGUCCUGAGUAAUCGGGAGAUUCGGCUUCUCAGACCCGACAACGAUGACCCUGAAGACAACAAUGCCGGAUCCAACCCACCGAGUCUCGAGUCUGUAUCCUCGGGAUUGAGCUCAGAUAACUCCGCCAACUCGCCCAUGCAUUCCACUGUCGAUGGGAAGUCGUCGGUUCUUAUGGGCAGGGCCUUGUCCGCCAACUCCGUGAAUGAUAUCAUUAUGCCCGGGCGAACGCAAGAAAUUGACCGCAUUGAGAAGCUCGAAGCCAUGAUCGCCAACAUCUCGAAGUUUGGCGGUUCCACCGAAAACAUUGCUCUCCGAGCACCUUUCCAACCUCAGACCACUGCCUUCACCAAACCAGCAGUUGUUGUGGAGAAGAGAAGUGUGGAAACACAAACAGUGUCCACAGGAGAUAUUGUGAUCACCAAAGUAUAUUCUAGUGAAUGAUAAAUUAACGAGCUCCUCGCAGGAUCUUGCCAUCACAAUUGGUAUCAAGCAAUGGCGACACGCUAUCGCCAAAUAAAGUCACUGACGAAUUCAGA